CUGGUUGUCCACAGCCGGGGACUCCGUCGCCCUGGGUCAGCUCUAGUCGCGAUGGGGAAGGCGGAGGUCGGCCUGGUGCGACGGGGAGCGUGCGCUUCAUCUACCUUGUUUCUGUUAGUUUGAACACAGCACUGAGAAAUCAGAAGUGGUGUAUUUGGGAUUGUGAACAUUCAGAAUGCAACCAGACAUGUCCUUGGAUGAUAUUAAGAUGAAAUCCAGUGACCUUCUGCAGAAAGAAGAUCUAGACAGUGGAGGCUUUGGGAAGGUGUCCUUAUGUUACCAUAGUACCCAUGGAUUUGUGAUCCUGAAGAAGGUGUACACUGGGCCCAACCGUGAUGAGUACAACCACGCCCUCCUGGAAGAGGGGAAGAUGAUGCACAAACUGAAUCACAUUCGAGUAGUGAAGCUGCUGGGCAUCAUUAUAGAAGAAGGGAACUACUCUCUGGUGAUGGAAUACAUGGAGAAGGGCAACCUGAUGCAUGUGCUGAAAGCCCAGGUCCGUAUCCCACUUUCUCUAAAAGGAAGGAUAAUUAUGGAGACCAUUGAAGGAAUGAGCUACUUACAUGGAAAAGGUGUGAUACACAAAGAUCUGAAGCCUGAAAAUAUCCUUGUUGACUGUGACUUUCACAUUAAGAUAGCUGAUCUCGGUGUUGCUUCCUUUAAGACCUGGAGCAGGUUGACUAGAGAGGAACACAAUGAACAGAGGGAAGUGAAAAAUGGUGGCACCCUCUACUACAUGGCCCCUGAGCACCUGAAUGACAUCAACACAAAGCCCACGGAGAAGUCAGAUGUGUACAGCUUUGGCAUCGUUCUUUGGGCAAUAUUUGCAAAUAAAGAGCCAUAUGAAAAUGCCAUCUGUGCAGAGCAGCUGUUAACAUGUAUAAAAUUUGGGAACAGGCCAGAUGUGGAUGACAUCAUUGAGUACUGCCCCAAGGAGAUCAUGAGCCUUAUGGAGCUCUGCUGGAAGGCAGACCCAGAAGGGCGGCCAACAUUUCCUGGUAUUGAAGAAAUAUUUAGACCUUUGUAUGACUGUCAGUUGAAAGGAAACAUAGAAGCAGAUGUAGAAAGUUUAAAGAAAGAAUAUCCAGACCAAAAUUUACUUUUGAAGAGAAUGCAGUCUCUCCAAAUUGAUUCUGUUGCAUUACCACCAAGCAGAUCAAAUUCAGAACAGCCUGGUUCACUGCAUAGUUCUCAGGGACUAGAGAUGGGUCCUGUGGAGGAGUCCUGGUUCUCUUCUUCUCUAGAGCUCCCACAAGAAGACACUGAGCCCAACCUGCAGCGAAAACUCCAGGAAGAGGCCAGCUAUCAUAUCUUUGGCAACCGUAUGGACAAACAGACAAAACUACAACCCAGACAGAAUGUUCCUUGUAACAGAGAAGAGGAAAAGAAACGAAGGGUCUCCCAUGACCCUUUUGCACAUCAGAGAUCUUCAGGGAAUGUGCCGAGCACAGGUGUAAAAGGUCUUGCUCAUCUCAGUGCAACCAGUCAUGGUAAUGCCAUACACCAAUGGACAGGGCUCACCAGCCAACCCCAGGAACUAUAUUGGAACAGUGAGUUACAUAAUUUACCUGGGAUUGGAACACAAGUUUUUGAUCCAGGAGCAGCAGCUGCAGGAGUUUGGUAUGGGCCAAAUCCAAGCCAAAUGCAUAAUCUGAAUAUAACUCCAGUGCCUGAGACAAAUAUCUUAGGAAGCACACCCACCAUUCCAUAUUGCCCCAUGCCACCAACAGAUGAGUCCAUAAAAUAUACAAUAUUCAACAGCAGUGGCAUUCAGAUUGGAAACUGUAAUUAUAUGGAGAUUGGUGGCGUGAGUUCAAAAUUUCUAGACAGCACAGGUACUGACUAUAAAGAAGAAUUAGAUUCCAAGUACCAAGAUAUCUUUGGUGAUACUAGAAGUCUGACUGAUGAACACCUGAACCCAGUCAGGGCCCACCUGGGAAAGCAGUGGAAAACCUGUGCCCGGAUUCUAGGCUUCGCUGAGUCUCAGAUUGAUGAAAUUGACCAUGACUAUGAGCGAGAUGGACUAAGAGAAAAAGUCUACCAGAUGCUCCAGAAGUGGCUGAUGAGGGAAGGCAAUAAGAGAGCCACAGUGGGAAAGCUGGCAUGGGCACUUUAUCAUUGUUCUAGAAGAGACCUUCUGAAUUGCUUGAUACAGGUCAACUAAAAUUACCCCUGGAGGGGCUUUGGUAACAUGAAACACCUUCCUUUCUUAGUAGCUAACCCACUGAGAAUCAUGCUGCCCAUAAUGUUCAGAAUUCUUUCCACGGAACAUUCUGUGUCUUCAGACAUAUCUCGUACAUUUUGGAGCUGAAGAACGAGAAGUCUACAGCUAGCAACCUACUUUCAGGAAAAGUAUAAGAAAAAUCUUUUAAUGAUGCAGACCAAUU